GCGGCGGCCUGGCCAAUGGCUGGCAGCGGGGGCGGGCCCGCGGCGCGGUCACGUUUCCCGCUAUGUGACAGCGGGCGGCCCGGGGACAACGGGGACUCAGCCAUCGUGGCCCGGACGCACCGCAGGGGCGCGCGCCUCGAGGGAGCCAACAUGAGUGCCUUUGCGGUCCUGCCCCCCAGCCCCCCGGAGCCCCUCCCAGAGGACGUGGACAUGAGCAGUGGCUCCAGCGGGAACGAGGCCCAUGAGACCGGCUCCCCCAACGGUGACCACAGUGACAAAGGGCUGCGGACGCUGGCGGAGGCUCCCGGAGGCCCCCACAGCGGCGAGCCGUCGGCCAGGGCGGGGACACGCAGAGAGCUGCUUCGGACACUGCGGGAGCUGAAGCUGCAGCUCCCGGCAGACAGGAAGGCCCAGGGCGGAGCGGGCACACUGGCCACCCUGCAGUAUGCCCUGUGCAGUGUGCGGCGAGUCCGGGCCAGUGAGGAGUACUACCAGCCGCAGCUGCCGGGGGGCAGCGUCCUGGGCGCUGCCUGUGUGCCCACCUACACCCUGGGGGAGAUGAAGCAGGCUGCCUCGGAGCAGCUUCUGGACAACGUGGACAUGUUCGCGGCGGCCGUGUCCCUGGUGAGCGGACGAGCCCUGUUCGUGUCUGGCCAGGCCGCCUCCACCCUGGGCUGUGGCCCCGACGCCCUCCUGGAGACCAAGUUCACGGAGCUGCUGGCACCCCACGACGUGGGCCAUUUCCACAGCUGCACCGCCCCCUUCCAGCUGCCGCCCUGGAGCCUCCAUGGGGUCGAUGGGCCCCUCACUCGGGAACGCGCAAGGGAAAAGUCCUUCUUCUGCCGGGUCAGCGUCGGGAAGAGCCAGGAGACGGGGCUCCACUACCUGCCCUUCCGCAUGACACCGUACCUGGCCAAGGUCAGGGCGGCCCCGGGGGACGGGGAGAGCCCCCUGUGCUGCCUGCUGCUGGCCGAGAGGGUGCACUCAGGCUACGCGGCUCCUAGAAUUCCUCCAGAAAAGAGAAUUUUCACCACCACACACACACCAAACUGCCUGUUUCAGGAUGUGGAUGAGAGGGCCGUCCCGCUGCUGGGCCACCUCCCGCAGGACUUGGUGGCGACACCCCUGCUGCUGCAGCUGCACCCUGGGGACCGGCCGCUCAUGCUGGCGCUGCACCGCAGGGUCCUCCGCUCCGGUGGGCAGCCCUUCGACUACUCCCCGCUCCGCUUCCGUGCCCGCAACGGCGAGUACGUGACGCUGGACACCAGCUGGUCCAGCUUCGUCAACCCCUGGAGCAGGAAGGUGGCCUUCAUCAUAGGCCGGCACCGCGUCCGCACGGGCCCCCUGAAUGAAGAUGUGUUCGCGGCGGUCCCCCCGGAGGAGGAGCCCGGCCUGCAGCCCAGCGUCCAGGAGCUCGCAGGGCAAAUACACAGGCUGCUGCUGGAGCCCAUCCCCCACAGCGGCUCCAGUGGCUACGGGAGUCUGGGCAGCAGCGGCUCCCAGGACCAGCGCACGAGCCAGGCCUCCUCCAGCGACAGCAACGGUCUGGAGGAUGCCCGCCGGACCCCUGCCCGGGCCGGACCGCGCAGACACAGAAGCCGGGUGAAGCUGCCAGGCCGCUGUUCCCACAACUCCGGGGAGGAGAGGGAGGCAGCCACCGCCACGGCAGAGAAGCAAUUUCAGAAGACAGAACCCUCACCUUCUCAUCCCCAUAAAAUAAUGUUGGUUCAGACUCCCAGAGGGGGAGAAAUGUCAGGGAGAUGCCCAGAGGGCUCUGAGCCCCGACUCCAUCAGGACCCGGAGAGAGAAGAGGGAAAGGAAGGACACUCGGAAGGAGUCGCAGGUGGAGGUGAGCCCAGCGCCCACCCUGCUCAGCCGGGCAGUGUCCCCAUGGCAGACAAGGCGGGCUCAGGUGCCAGCCUCCCCGCACCCGGCCCCCCUGCCCGCGGCCUCCUGUCCUGCUGCACCCCGCCCCCUGGCUCCUACCAGCAGAUCAGCUGUUUGGAGAGCGUGGUCAGGUACUUACAGAGCUGCAGUGAGGCUGCCACGCUGAAGAGGAAGUGUGACUUCCCCGCGCGCACCCCCACACCCAGGGCCAGCGACAAGCGCAAGGCCCCCCAGGGGCCCCUGCUGCACCCUGCAGGGACGACCGUGCCCCCCGAGCCCGGCUGCCACCCCAAUGCUCACACCCACCUGCCCCCGCUGUCGCCACCCAGGAAGGCGGAGAGUGUGGUAUCGCUCAGCAAUGAGAGCAGCUACAGCAGCACCAUCGUGCACGUGGGCGACAAGAAGCCACAGCCAGAGCCGGAGCUGGCAGAGGAUGUGGCCACAGGGCUCGAGUCCCUGGACAGCCCCCUGGGCCCCGGGAAGCCCCACAGCCUCAGCCAGGACCAGGAGCCCUUGCGGACUCGGACGCGGGGCCUGACCAAGGAGGUGUUGGCGGCCCACACCCAGAAGGAGGAGCAGAGCUUCCUGCUCAAGUUCAAGGACUCCAGGAAGCUCAGAGCCUCCCAGCCCCCCUGUCAUGACCUGCAGGAAAGGGUCAGGGGGCCGUCACGUGAGCGAGCUGUGCCAGACGCCUGCUGGACCAGGAAGAGCUCCAAGACCAGGAGGCUCCAGGCCAGGCGGCUCAAGGCCCGGGGCUCAUCUCAGAGCACGGGGUCCAGGGGGCCCUCGCCCCGCCAGCCACCCCCACUGGGCCUCACCGCCUCGGCCUGGCCCCCCUUGGGCGCGGUACAGACCAGCUGCCCGGCUUACUCCCUGCCCGUGUUCCCGGUGCCUGCCGCUCCCCAGGCUGCCUUCCCCCUGCCCAUGGGGGCUGACGGCACCCUCCAGCCAUGGCUGCCCACCCUGGCCGUGCUGUGGCCUGGCCUCCCACCCCCCUGCGCGGCCCCCGGCCAGCCCGACCUCCCGCAGCAGCUCCCGGACAGUCCCCGGGCUGACAGUGGGCCGCCGUGUGCCAGCAUCCCAUGCUCCCAGACAUGGGCUGCUGCACCCCUGAGCCACGCCUCCCCUCCACCCUGCCCGUCCUGCCACAGCAGCUCCCCCCUGCAGCUCAACCUGCUGCAGCUGGAGGACUCAAUGGGCAGCACCCGGUGCCCAGACGGCAGGCCCAGCCCCUCCCGGGAGCCACCACCACCGCCACACACGGACAGAGAGAAGUUGAGAGAGGAGGGGGAGCAGAGAGACACCUGCAGCCCUGCCUCACCACUCAUGCAGUUUCCCUCCUGCAGGUGGGGACCAAGGGCUGGAACUCAGGUCCGUGUGCACUGUAAUAUGAGAGCUCCUGAGGAGCCCGCAGAGGGUCCUCACAGCGAUGCCCUCUCCUCGUCCAGCGACCUGCUCAGUCUCCUGCUGCGUGAGGGCCUCUGCUCCCCCGCAGGGUCUGGGAGUGGGGCGUCCGCCACCUCGGAGUCCCUGGGCUUGCUGGAUGGCGGGGACCACUCAGGCAGCGGCAGCAGGACAGGCAGCAGCUCCUGGGAGAACAACCACGGAGCCCAUGGAGCGGCGGUGGGGUGUGCCCUGCGGGAGCCGGCCUGGCUGCUGACGGCCCACGCCGACCCCCGUGUCCUGAUGACCUACCAGGUGCCCCCCCGUGACAUGGCCGAGGUCCUCCAGGCUGACCGCAAGAGACUGAGGCGGCUGCAGGGCUCCCAGCCCCGCUUCUCGGAAGCUCAGAGGCUCGAGCUGCAGGCAGUGCACCCCUGGGUGCAGGCGGGCGGCCUGCCCAAUGCCAUCAAUGUGGAGGGGUGUGCUUACUGCAGAAGCUGGAAGGCCAGCCUGGGCCCACCCGACGGAGACGUCCCCCCUCUGGGUCUCCUCGAGGCCGCAGACACCCAAGAGGGACCCUGCGGGGCCUCUCGGAGUCACCAAGACCAUGAGCAGAGGUGACAGCACCGGCCCGGCCCCCAGGAGCGAGCUAAGAAGUGCAAGCUGUCCUCCGUGCUGGCUUCCGUGUUUGGGGAGGGCCGGAUUUGCUGAGGGCCAGAAGCAUCUGGGAGAAAUGCAGGCUCAAUUCAGACCGGCAGACGCACGGGUCCCGUCCUUUAAGGGGCAGGGCUGCUGCCCGCUGGCCUUCGGAAGCCCUCCUGCACUGUGAGGCCCUGUCCCCUGCCCCUCGUCCUCGGGGGCCGGCUCGUCCCCAGGUCCCCAGGUCCUGUCCGCGUCACCAGCUCCCUCUGACCGUCCCCCCAGGCCCCUCUGCGUGGCCUCACACCCUCCGUGUCCCAGGUGAGGUGAGGGGAGAUGAGCCGUGUGGGGGCUGCCCCAGGGCGGGGUCCUCUCUCUGCGAUGGUCCUGGGAGCCCCUGAAUGCUUGGGAAGUGAGCAGAUGUGGGCAGUGUCCCUGGCCCGAACCUUCUAGAAAGAACUGCGGGGGCCCCCUGGGGGCAGAGUGCUGGGCAGUGCCGCCGGCCUCUGUGUCCUCCAGAGCCCACGUCUCCCGGACCCUCAGAGGAGGGUUGCCCCAUGGCACAGCAAGACAAGCAAGGGUCACUAAGCCUGGCCGCAGGGUCGUGAGGUCCGCUGGGCUGUCCUGCCCUUCAAGGUUCUGUGACCCUUAUUUAACUGACGCCGUGACCUCUGGGCUACAGCUGCUGUCUGCCAGCCGGGGACAGUCCCCCGGCGUCCCCGUGUCGUCAUUGCUGUAGACACUGUCUGCCUGCCACUGGGCCGCGACCGACGGGAGCCAUAGUGACUGUUGAUGCGUCCAGCUGGGAGCCAGCGGAGUCCCCUUGGCUCUGUGCUUCUGUCCUAAACUGAGCCUCAGCGUGUCCCGGCGUGGGGGCGUGGCAGGCCCUGUGCCCCCAGAGACGCUCCUGUCACUCACUGUGACGCUACUGUCUGUCUGAAGGCUUGCCUUUCCGGAGUUGGUGAAUAAAGCAAUUCUAUUUUUAUCUUG